AAAAAGAAAACCAAAAUAAAAGAAGAAAAGAAGAAGAAAAAUAAUAAUAGUGAAUGUAAAUGAGGAAAAUAGUGAAUAAUUAAUAAAUAGUGAAUAUUGAAUAGGUGAUAGUGAAGGUAAUAGUGAACAUCUUAUAGCCUGACGAAAUGAGCGUGAAUAGUGAAGUUAAUAGUGAAUGAUUAAUAGAUAGUGAGUAGAUUAUAGUGAGGUUAAUAGUGAACAUCGUAUAGCGCAUUAUGACGAACCUAAUUAAAUGAGCGUCAGUAGUGAAGUUGAUAGUGAAGAGUUAAUAAAUAGUAAAUAGAUGAUAGUGAAGUGAAUAGUGAACAUCUUAUGGACGUGUAGUGACUUAUGACGGAACCUGACGUAAUAGUGAACAUUGAGAGUGAAUGAUGGCGAUAGUGAACGAUAAUGAAACAGGGAACAUUGAGUAGUUAGGUUAGUUCAGUUUGAAUAGUGUGAAUAGUACAGUUAAUGAUGAAUAAUUAAUAGUGAACAUUUAACAGUCAAUAAUGGCGAUAGUGAACGUUAAUGAGACAGGGAACAUUGAGUAGUUAGGUUAGUUCAGUUUGAAUAGUGUGUAUAGUGAAGUUAGUGGUGAUUGAUUAAUAGUGAACAUUUAAUAGUGAAUGCUGGCGAUAGUGAACGUUAAUGAGACAGGGAACAUUGAGUAGUUAGGUUAGUUCAGUUUGAAUAGUGUGAAUAGUGAAGUUAGUGGUGAUUGAUUAAUAGUGAACAUUUAAUAGUGAAUGCUGGCGAUAGUAGCGAACAUACUGGACUGUUAAUGACGCAACAAAGACACAAGGCAAACAAAUAAAGGUCAGAUUAAAAAAGAAGUGAGUGCGUAGAAGGAAAGGGAAAGUGGAAACACGAUAAGAAGGAACCGCACACAGAGAGAGAGAAAAAAAAAAAAAAAACAGCGAGUGAAAGAAGGAAAAGAAAACGGGAAUAGAAAAUGGGCUUGCGUGUGUAAUGUGCAGCGGGGACUGUUGUAAUGUGACCUUUCAUCCUCCUGACCACCUCCCUCCACCCCUCCACCCCCUCCACCCCGCCCCUGACGCUCUCUCUGGCGGCCAUCCGGAAAUUAUGGGUGUGGGGCGCCGUGCUCACGUGGGCGGCGCUGCUGGCCUCCGUCUCCUCGUCGCCCUACCCAUUCCCCUUCCUCCGCAAGCCACGACAGGUAGAUAACGAUGAUGAAUUUGACGACAUCAGUGUGACAGGAGUAGGUGCGCCUCUCCCUUUGUCGACCCACCCUCCCUGGACUCCCGCCGUGGACGAUACGCGGUCUCCCAGCGAACAGUUACUGAUGGACACAGCAGAUACAGUCAUCGGUCCUGUCCUGCGUUCCCCCACACAGCGGGCAGGCAAGCAGCCAACACUCUGGCACAGAGCUCCAGUCACACCCAAGCCUCUAAUCACGUUCAUACUGAGGGCCACAAGAAAGCCUAUAACAAAACGGUCCACCAGGUUGUUAUCGAAGGCCAUAGCGCAAGCAACCAAGUUUUCCGGCAGACCCAAGCCCACAACUCAGCCUACAACGAAUCUGCCGACCUGGUUCAUAUCCAAGACCACAAGCCAACCAACAAGCAAGCCCCCCACCACUCCCAGACCCAGGACCACAGCUCAUCCAACGCCUCAUCCCGACACCCUGCCCUCAACGCAGCCUGCACCCCUGCUUACCUAUCAGGCUCCUGCAGGGACGUCCCAAGGCACUCGCCGCCCUUUCCUUCCUACAGUAUCACCAUCCCGGCACUCCUUCCUCCCCACCGUGCCAUCAUACUCAUCUGAAGAGAAGAAAGAAGAGAACGUCGAUGGUUUCUUUCUUCCUACGUUGCCUCCUUACUUUUCCCAAGACAGUAAGGAAGCUGGUGUCUCUUCGGAGUACAUAGAUUUAGUUUACUCAGCAUCAGAGGCUGACGUGGCUACACUUCCAUUCAGUCACUCGUCGUCCCCAUCCUCACAGUCACCAGUCAGAACCAGCCAGGCUGCUGUGUAUCCUGACAGUCAGUCAACUGGUGAUGAAGUUCACAACCGCCUCUUCCAGUUACUCCAGUUACUACACGCUCAGCAGGGCAAGCUACAUUCCUCUCAAGAAUCUGUCCGUCCAGCUGUUCCCUCCGCAAACGGUCGACAAACUUCACCCUCUGCUUCUGGAGAGUCUGCAGUUCCUGGCAGCAACUCAGUGACUAGAUUCAGUCGACAGGCUCAGCCCCCACAGGGGCAGGCAAAUCCAGCCCAACAAGCGGCUCUUAGAGCACUGCUGCUCCGCGCACUGCUUUCAUCUACCCAGACUCCGGCUGACUCAGGGCAAUCAGGGGAUGAUGUGCGCGGGGCAGCGCUACGGAACACUCCUGUCACUGCCGACCAUAUCAUAUCCUCGGUCUCCAAUAAUGCCGUAGAGUUCGACUCCCCGACGCUGCAGCAGUCCCUGGUGCGGGGCCUCAGCUUCUCAGCGGCGUCCCCGACUGUGAGGAAUUCCUCGCUCAGUGUGGUCAGGAGGUCGGCAGAAAGAAGAUCCAGAUUUUUUGACAGACUCUUUGAAGAGGCGACCAGAAGCAGACUGGAGGACAGAUUCGGUGGAGGGGCAAAAGGCAGAAUACUUAUGAGACUUCUGGAAGGCGCUGGUGGCGGAGGUGGAGGACUGGGAGGGCUUCUUGAGCUCCCCGAGGUGGGCCUUGGUUUGUUCCAGAUGCUGCUUGGAGGGGACAGGGGGCGUGGCGGCCGCAGGGGACGAAGCAGGAGUGAGGACAGCGGGAACACGCAGUCUGGACCUCCUGUGUUUCUGUUCAUGGACGAUGGCGCUGCCGCCCCGGCACCCGGCACGCCCUCCACCCCAAACGGUCUCUCCGUCCCGAACAGCCAGUCCAACAACCUGAUCCGCACCUUGCUCAACGCCUACACGCAGGUCAGCGGCCAGGCGCCUGCCAACCACGCCCAGGCGUUGCUGGAUGCAGCGGCUUACGUCAAUGCAAAGACUACAGGCGUUUCUAAGCCCCCUCCCAGCCCCACACAGCCAGCACACAACCCAGCACAGAACACGCAGCUGUUUUUACAACACGCCCUGUUGGUGCAAUAUCUCCAGUUGAUGAGAAAUACCGAACUGUUAAGAAAUGCACAAAGAUUGCGUUAUGCACAAGCCCUACGCAAUGCACAUGCUCUUCGCAACGCUCAGGCCUUACGGAAUGCACAGGCUGUACGUAAUGCACCACAGCCUGGAGCCCACGCCCCUCAGCCUGCUGCCCCCGCUGCCCACACUGCCCAUAAUGCCCACACUGCCCAUACUGCCCCCGCUGCCAACACCGCCGCCCAGCCUCAGACCGCGGCGCCGGCGGCAAACUCCCAUUCCGCCGCCAGCCUGCAGCAGCUCAUCAACACUCAGACGCUGCUCAACGCUCACCUCCUCCGCAACACUCAGUCCUUCCUCAAGGCACAGGCGCUGCUCAACUCGGAGUCCUCCACCACCACCACCACCACCACCACCACCACUCCUCCCUCUGCCCUUCCACCCACUAUACACUUAACGAUAAACCACAACACGGAUGAUAUUGUGUCCUCUGCUUCCCUGAGUCAACCCUCCCUCAGUCAAACCUCCACCAUGCAGUCGUCGUCCCCUUCCUCCUCAGGGCUUCAGGCCUCCAACGUGAAGACCAUCACCAUCCCGCUGGCCUCACUUCAAGCAUCAAACGGUCAGCAGCAGCAAACAUUUGGGUGAAAGACACCGCCAGAUGCUAAAACUUCACUACUAAAUGUAUUGAAACUCUUGUCACCAAAUCCCUGAAGAGAGGAGGCUCAGUGUGCACACCUCCCUUGGGCACUCCUGGCGAUGCAGACACGUCACCUCAGCACGUGAAUGCCUUCGGUACGCUGUGACUAAGGAACAAUCAGCUUCAUCAUCACUGGCUUACAUAGUUCAAGUAUGUACAAGACACAGACCUUCUCCAGUCCCCUCCACACAUCUUCGUCCGCUGUCCAUCCAUUCCAGGCCGCGACAGAAACAUGUCACCUCGCGUCACCAUCACGGUCACGGGGAGCGUUGCGUCCUCGCCAGAACUACAGGUGUUGCAGGAGUGUUGCUGAGGAGUCUUGAGCUGCAACACAAGACAGACAAGUGUUGGUGGCAAGUAGAGUCAAGCAUCCAGGAGGUGGAGGUCACUGUGGAUCAACAGUUGGUGGAGGAAAUUAUAGUGGAGCAGUAAAUAUCAGAAAGGUGUUAGUGGAUCAGCAGGAGGAGGAUGAGGUGGAGAUGGAGGAGAUUACAAUACAUCAGUAGACAUUAGAGGAGGUGUUAGUGGAUCAGCAGCUGGUGGAAGAAGGAAAAACUCACAAGGGAAGAACGAUCAUCCUUGCCCAGAUCCUUGUCGUGGCUUUGGGUGGAAAAGUAGCACACUGAAAAUACUGGAUCACAAUCAAUCAAGAAACAGAAAACUAGACCUAACACGUCCAGAACUACUCACCUGUGUCUCUGCACCUCUGGACACAUAAUGCAAACUGGAAAACUGGAAAGCUGAGGAGUUCAUCUAAAAAAUUACUUGAUAUUCACAUUAAGAACUGUCUAUCUGUGUCUGUCUUUACUUCUGAAUUUUUACUGGAGACUGAGAAAGCACUUGGAGGACUGUUAAGGACUUCAUCUCAGUACAAGUGAGCAUGGCUUUUCACCCCACGUAGUGAAGACACCGAGGCCAGUACUCUGAAACGCUUUGCUUUCUCACCAUGACUAUUUUCAAAGGCCACAGAGAUAAUUAGCCGGGUUCUCAAGUACUAUCCUGUUAAAAAAAUGUAGAAAUCUUGUUAAUCUAUCACUAUAAUCACUAAAACCGUGUAACUUCAACUGGGGACUUUUGAAUGUAGUGGAGGUGCGGGCAGAGGUGUUUCAGAAUAUGGUGCCAAGACUCAGCGCUGAAGUCUCUGUAUUCAAGGUCGUGAUCCCUACCUGCUUCCCUUAACGCGUCAGGAAAGGUGCCAGUGCAGGUGUUUUGGGGACACGUGACCUCAUUAAUUGCAUCUGUCUCAUGUGUUAUUGUUAUUAUUAUUGUUUUUAUUAUUAUUAUUAUUAUUAUUAUUAUUAUUAUUAUUAUUAUUAUUAUUAACAUUUAUUAUUAUUAUUAACAUUUAUGAUUAACUUUAGCAGCCAUUACUGUUGUUACUACAAUUUGAGUACCACUAUUAUUACUACAGCUAAUACACUACUACUACUACUACCACUACUACUACUACUACUACUACUGCUGCUGCUAAUACAGUAUUACUACUACUACUACUACUACUACUACUACUACUACUACUACUACUACUACUAGUACUCCUGUUAAUAUUGUUGUUGUUCCUGUUGUUGAUCUUGUUAAUUAUUGUUAUCCUUGAUUGUUAGUGAAAUUAUUUUUGUUAUAGUUGACCAUACUGAAAUAUAAUUUUCAUAAGAA